UCUCUCUCUCUCUCUCUGCUUCCUCCUCUCUGACUUGGUCUGUUCUUUGCUCAACUCUCUCUCUCUCUCUCUCUCUCUCUCUCUCUCUCUCUUCUCUGUUUGUGUUGUUGUAUGUUUGUGAAACCUGCAACUAUGGUGGCCAAAAAACCCAGAAUCGUGAUCAUAGGAGCAGGAAUGGCAGGGGUAACAGCUGCUCAUAAGCUUUAUAGUGCCACCGCUGCAACAGAGUUAUUUGAGCUCUGCGUUGUGGAAGGAGGAGACAGAAUUGGUGGGAGAAUUCACACAUCGGAGUUCGGUGGUGACCAAAUUGAGAUGGGCGCCACUUGGAUCCAUGGCAUCAUAGGAAGCCCCAUUCACAAAAUUGCCCAAGAAAUCCAUGUGUUGGAGUCAGACCAGCCAUGGGAGCGCAUGGACGGGUUCUCCGAAGACACAGUAACAGUAGCCGAAGGUGGGUUUCAGCUCCAUCCCUCCAUCAUCGAACCCAUUUCUACUCUUUACCGGAAUAUGAUGGAGUUCGCUCAGGGGGAGCUGAGUGAAGAAGAAGAGGCCACUGAGAACAGCAGCAAUGGCGGUUUCGAUGUCGAUUAUCAUGCAAUUUCAGCUCAAGCUCUUGAAAUGUCCUCCCAUAAGAAGGGCCUCGGCAUUGGUACUUUCCUCCGACGGGCCCUUGAAGCUUACUGGGUUUCUGUGAAACAGAGAGACGAUGUCAGUGGGUAUGGUAGUUGGAGCACGAAGCAGCUCCAAGAAGCGAUCUUUGCGAUGCACGAGAGCACGGAGAGGACUUAUACUUCGGCAGCGGACCUCUCAACCCUGGAUUUCAGUGCCGAGAACGAAUAUCGUGAGUUCCCAGGUGAGCAGAUCACCAUUGCGAAGGGAUACUUGAGCAUUGUGGAGUGGCUAGCGUCUGCACUUCCCACGGGUUUGAUCCAACUGGGUAGGAAAGUUAAGAGGAUCGAAUGGCAGCCAGAAGGUGUUGUGAGGUCUUUGGAGAUGCAGAGCAAUGGGGGUUGCAGCAGUAACAGGCCUGUGAGACUCUGUUUCGAAGAUGGUUCAGAAAUGGUGGCCGAUCAUGUCAUAGUGACUGUGUCGUUGGGGGUUCUCAAAGCAGGGAUUCGGGAAAAGUCAGGUAUGUUUAAUCCACCACUUCCCUCUUUCAAGACCGAAGCAAUUUCAAGGCUCGGGUUUGGCGUCGUUAACAAGUUAUUUCUGCAAUUUGGUCGAGAAAGUGAGAAUCUUGAAACUUUUCCCUUCCUGGAAAUGGUGUUCCACCGGGCUGAUUCAGAAACCAGACACCAGAAGAUCCCCUGGUGGAUGCGGAAGACAGCUUCACUCUGUCCAAUUUACAAAAACUCUAAUGUCGUCCUCUCUUGGUUUGCUGGGGAAGAAGCUCUAGAGCUCGAGUCACUCAAAGAAGAUGAAAUUCUAAAUGGAGUCACCACAACAGUCUCUAAUUUCUUUUCAGAUCCUGAGCCCAAAACCAGCAAUGGGUGUGUGAGUUACUGCAAUCAUAGUCAUGGGAAGGAGAUAAAGUUCACUAAAGCUCUAAGGAGCCAAUGGGGAAGCAAUCCUUUGUUCAUGGGUUCUUACAGUUAUGUAGCAGUGGGUUCAAGCGGCGAUGAUUUAGAUUUAAUGGCAGAGCCAUUGCCAAAAAAUAGCAACAGUGACACUGUUGAAGGAACUUCUCCGCUGCCUCUUCAAAUUCUAUUUGCAGGGGAAGCUACACACAGAACACAUUACUCUACUACCCAUGGAGCAUAUUUCAGUGGUCUAAGGGAAGCUAAUAGAAUCCUCCAACAUUAUUGCUGUGGUGGGGCUUUAGGAUCUCUUGCACCAUUAGAACAGUAGAAUUUUAGCCCAACACCUUAUGACAGAGCAAGAGAGAGAAAGAGAGAUGGGUUGGGUCUUAUUACUAAUAAUUUUUUUUUUUUUUAUGUAUUAAAUUAAAGAACCUUCUUUUAAGAUCUUUUUAAUUUGGGUUUAAAUUCCUUUUUCCUGUUGGAUACUUUUGUUUGGGAA